CUUGGAUUGAUUCUUUGAUUCUUUGAUUCUUUGAUUCUUUGAUUCUUAGAUUCUUAGAUUCUUAGAUUCUUACAUGCUUACAUGCUUACAUCCUUCCAUCCUUCCAUACUUCCAUACUUCCAUACUUCCAUACUUCCAAACCUACUCCUUAUUACUAGUCGAGGGUUUUCGUAUAGGCGACCCUGAACUUUUGGAACUUUUGAUGGAUGAAUCGAGGUCAUUCAUAACUUUUAUCUUUCUCCUUCUUCAACCUUAUCAUUUCACACUUUCAUAAACUUUACCACUUUAUUACUUUACGACCUUUCUAUCUGUUGUGCCAUACAGAAUACAAAAACAAAAACAAAAACAAAAACAAACUUACUCUUUUCACUCUUGUUUUUUUUAUAUGGAUUCUUAAUUGUGAAUACUUUUACCGUCUAUUCAUUACAUUCCUCACUUUCUCUCUCUUUCUCUUCUCUCUCUACUCUUCUCUCUUCUUUUCUAUUCAAUCCUUCUCAACUCUUCAAUUACCGUACUAUUUUUCUUAUCGUCAUAUGGUAUUUCUUCCACUCUUUUAACUAUACAAACAUUUGAACUUCGAAGACGACGAAGAAGAUCAUCGUUGGUCGCACGAACGAUAAAGGAAAUAAGGAAUAACGAUACGAAGACAAUAAUACCGCAGAUUAAUCAGAUGAGAGGGAAUUUGCUUUAAGAAUAAGAAGAAUCCCUAACGGGAAUCAAGCAUAUAUUUCUACAAUGGCUCGAUCAUCCUCCCCUCGAUACUAUCGUCUUCCACGCAACUCUCUCGAUGCCAACGACGUUACUUACGAUUUCCGAGACAAAUCACUUUCCUCGCGGCGCUUAGCUUCGAAAAUUUUAAGAGCCUUGAGAAGAAUCUGCAAACCAACAUACAUCAUUUUAUUCUUCAUCUUGUUUUUAUGUUGGCAGAUUAUCUUCAAUGCAAGUUAUACGAAUCCUCCUAAAUUCUCGGUACCUAGCGAUGAGAGAGUAUUCAUUGCCGCAAACAUAGUCGAUCCGAACCUCAUCGAUGGCUUAUGGGGUGAUAAUUUGGUUGCGUUGGUCGAAGAAAUUGGGAAGGAGAGGGUUUUUGUCAGUGUGUAUGGUGGACCUAAGGAUUCUUUGAAGAGAUUGAAUGAGAGAUUACAUGGUGUGGAAAAGAGGAUGGUAGCGGAAGCCGAUGAUGCUAUUGAUCUUUCUACUUUACAUCGCGUUACGUUACCGAGUGGACAGACACGCUUGAAGAGAGUUGAAUUUUUGGCCGAUGUGAGGAAUAAGGCUUUGGAUCCUAUUACAUCAGGGGAAUUAACAAAGAAAUAUGAGAGAGUGCUCUUCUUGAAUGAUGUGAUUUUUGAGGUGCAAGAUGCAUUGAGGUUGUUAUGGGGUACGAAUGUUAAUGAGGAGGGAAGGGCGGAGUAUAAGGCUGUUUGUGGUGCCGAUUUUAUUACGAGUUGGAAAUAUUAUGAUACCUAUGCGACAAGGGAUACUGAGGGUUAUAGUAUUGGUGUGCCAAUCUUUCCAUGGUUUGCAGGAAAAGGAGAGAGUACUAGUCGAAAUGAUGUUUUGGCUGGCAAGGAUGCAGUCAGGGUUAAGAGUUGUUGGGGUGGUAUCGUGGCUUUUGAUGCUAGAUUUUUUCAAAAGGAUUUUGUCAAUGCCACUUCGACUUUGAAAGACGAAAAACCUAAAGACUCAAACGAACAUUCAACCUCACUCGCCGAACUUCCACUUAAAUUUCGAUCCGAACCAGAAUCCUUUUGGGAUUCUUCUGAAUGUUGCCUCAUUCAUGCCGAUAUUCUCGCUACACCGGAUUUCCCCGAUUAUACUACAAAUACUAAUGAGGAUUGGGGUGAGGGAAUUUUCAUGAAUCCUUUUGUGAGAGUAGCAUAUGAUGCGAAAUCUUUCAGUAAUAUUAAAUAUGCCAAAAGGUUUGAACGAUUAUUUGUUCCAUGGCAAGCGAUUAUCAAUCAUUUCGCACAUCUACCAAAGUUCAACGAUAGGAGACUGGAGAAGGAAGGGGAUAUUGUUGAUGAUAGAUUAUGGAUCCCCAACGCAUUCACACCAGAACAAGAGCAAGCUAUGAUUGAUUUACAAAAGAAUUUUGGUGGAAAAUAUGGAAGUGCUCCUAAUUCUACCAAUAAUAAAAGUCAAGGAAAGAGGGAUUUAGAUGAUGAAGAUCCUACCUGGCAAGGUUUAAAUUCUAUUCAAACAACAUCAGCAUCAUCAUCAUAUUUCUCAGCUAUAGUUGGAGGACUUAAAUCUCGUGCUAAAGUUUCUCCACCAUCGAGAAUUAUGCAUUCGAAAAGACAGAUGAUACCAAGUGAAGGAGCGAUAGCGAAACCUAGGAGUUAUUGGGAGAAGGAGGGCCAUUAUGUUGAUUAUGAGAGAGUAGCCAGGAAGGGAGGAUAUUGCGGAGUGAGACAAUUAACAAUUUUAAGGGAGGGAGUAAUUGGAAUUGGAGAGAAAGGUUGGGAGAAUGUAAGAGGUGAGGUACCACCUAGGGAAGAGAAUUCUAGGAGACUAUGAUACCAAUUUUUCUAUUCAUUUUGUAUGUAUAUAUGGAUGGAUUGGUGAAAGAGGAAAUUUUUAAUUGUGUGUUUGUUGGAUUGAACGAUUGAUUGAUGAAUGAGUUGAAAAGAUUCCAUAUGAAACAAAAGGGGUUUUUUUUUAUAAGUAAUUAU